UCGACAGAAGCAUAUCGACUGUAGUGCACGAUUAUUGUAACAGUUGUAACUGCAUUUUAUUAUUUAACAAAUAAUAAUCCUAUGCACUAUUCAAUGUGGUGCUCAAAGUUUUAACAUAAUAAAAUCGGAUAGAUUUCAGUCGCAGCGUUGAGAAAUGUGAAGUGUCGCAGCUCGUGUAUUGAAUCGUAUUUGCAAUGGUGCAAAUAUAAAUUGCAAAUUGUUGUAAAUUUCGCCAGUAAGUGAGUGUGAGUGUGCGUGUGUGAUAAGUGCAACACGCAAAUAAAGAACAUACAGAGAGUGGGAUAGAGAGUGCAUAGCACGCAAAACACAAAUAAAGAGGCAACUGUAAAGAUUUCCCCUUGCACAGUGCUGGAGUUGCAUGCCGAAAAUGGAUAACGAGCAGCCACAUCAGGAGUUGGUCAAGUGCGUCCUUGUUGGUGACACUGCCGUGGGAAAGACGCGACUGAUUUGCGCUAGGGCUUGCAACAAGCAUGUGUCACUGUCGCAACUGCUGUCCACACACGUGCCUACCGUGUGGGCGAUCGAUCAGUAUCGUAUUUACAAAGACGUCCUGGAGCGCUCUUGGGAAGUGGUCGAUGGGGUCAAUGUUUCGUUGCGUUUGUGGGACACAUUCGGGGAUCACGACAAGGAUCGUCGCUUUGCCUACGGCAGAUCUGAUGUCGUUCUGUUGUGCUUCUCCAUUGCGAGCCCGAUCUCGCUGCGCAAUUGCAAAGCAAUGUGGUAUCCGGAGAUCCGUCGCUUCUGUCCCGAUGUGCCCGUCGUGCUCGUCGGCUGCAAAAAUGACUUGCGAUACAUGUACCGCGAUGAGAACUAUUUAUCCUACUUUGGUGAAAAGGGCACAUUUGUACGAGCUGCGCUGAAGAGCGACCUGGUCAUGCCGGAUGAGGCGCGUGCCGUUGCCAAGGAGCUGGGCGUUAGCUACUACGAGACCAGUGUCUUCACAUACUUUGGCGUCAAUGAGGUGUUUGAGAAUGCCAUUCGAUCGUCGCUCAUUGCUCGCCGACAGCAGCGCUUCUGGAUGACGAACCUGAAAAAGGUGCAGAAGCCGUUGCUACAGGCACCAUUCCGGCCACCGAAGCCGCCACCACCCGAGGUUACCGUUGUUGUUGGGCACUAUCGUCAGGAUAUUUACAAUAUGUUCCUCUCACAAGCCUACGCCGAUCUGAUUUUGGUCGUUGGCGGAACCAAGUUUGCGGUACACAGAUUUAUGCUUGCCGCCGCAUCCAACAUUUUUCAGCGCAUCCUGAACACUGAACUCAGUGACAUGGGUGGCCGCAGCAGCAGUGAGUCGAGCAUGGUCAGUUCAACGUUUGGCGAGGCGACCAUAGCCGAUUUCAAUGACGACACAGAAUAUCUCAUACGCUACGAAUCACGCACACAACGUAUGUGGGAACAUCUAAAGCGACGAUCCAGCUAUCAAGCUUUGCCACUGGUGGAGUCAAAGCGUUCCACUGAUUUACACAAAGAGCUACAUCAUCCGGUACUGCAGAGUUUGCGUUUGGUCCAGAUGGAAAAUCAACGCGGCGUCAGCGCUAUUCAAACAAUCGUUACGCUAAGCAAACUUAUCUCACCCCAGGCACUUCAUCAAUGCCUCAGAUUCAUUUACACUGGCACCAUUGACAAGGAAUGCAGUAAUCUGCAGGAAAUACGAGAAGCUGCCGACUUUUUAGAACUGCCGCAAUUAACCACGUUACUUUCUAGGCCACAAAGCGUCAUGGACAGUCCCAGUGAUGAACCAAAUCCCCACAUUUGUCUUCGCAUAAAAGAGAGCAUGGAAAGGCAUUGCAUUGGAGACGGUUGCUUCAGCGAUGUAACCUUUGAGCUGGACGAUGGUCUGAUGAAGGCACAUCGGGCUGUUCUGGUUGGUCGCUGUGAUGUGAUGCGCGCCAUGCUUUUGGGCGAUUUUCGUGAGGCACACUCCAAUGUGAUUGUUUUCCCCGGCGUUACCAUUUAUACAUUCCAUAAGCUGCUGUGCUAUUUGUACACUGAUCAAAUUCCGCCCAUCUCAGCGGUUAAAUGCCUCAAUUUGCUGGAAUUGGCCAACCGUUUGUGCCUGCCGCGUCUAAUCAAUCUGAUUGAGUGUCGCGUUAUUGAAGAUCUCACAAUAAUUUCACAAAACGAAACCAAUGAAACGGUGGAUCAUUGUCUAACGUUGCUGGAAACCGUCAAGUUGCACAAUGCCCAUCAGCUGGCCGAGUGGUGUAUGUCGUAUCUGUGCGUCAAUUACAAUGUUAUCUGUAAGUUUUCACUCAAGGGCUUGAAAGCACUGCAUCAGGAUAAUCAAGAGUAUUUGCGCGAGCAUCGCUGGCCACCGGUUUGGUAUUUAAAGGACUACGACUACUAUCAGCGCUGCAUGAAUGAGCUAAACAAGGAGCUGAAGUUGAAGAGCGCACGUCGCGAUUUCCCGAGCGAUGACGAGGGUUGCCUAUGCUUCACGGGAGUGUUCUCUUGCUGGCUGCUAGGUAAAUCAAAGCGGAGCGAUGUCGUCAACGCCAGCAAUCCUAAUGGUGAGAGCAGCGGCACAACGGCCGAGAAUCAAAUAUUCAAUAGCACGGCCAACUCAAUGAACCACAUCGAUCUGGAGGCUGAAAUCGAUCUGAAUCUCUGACACCCAGCCCUAGGGCAUGGCAGGUCACUACGGUUUAUUGUGAUUCUGCCCGUCCUGAUUUGCUUCAUCUGUACAAUUUUAAGUAUUCUGAUACUUUUCCAAAUCCACACAUAACGAUCCCCGUGUGGCAAACGUUUGGUUUGGUGGCGUCUGCUGUUUCUCACAUCUCACAUAGCGGAGGAGGUCUGCCCAGGGACACAUUAGCAUUCAUUAAAUUGCUUUUCUGAUUUGCUUCAAAUAUGCCUAACCUUAGUGCAAUAUAUACAUACAUACAUCUAUUUUUUACAUACUUAGUAUGUACAUAGUUUGUAUAAGCUGUAUGUAUGUAACAUUUAUGUACUAUUUGUGCGCACUUUAAAUGCAGAAAUAAUUAAU